AAAAUUAAAGCAUGGAUGUUACAGAAAGUGUUGAUGAAGCUUUAGAUCCUCGUAUACAGAUCGAGUUGGAGAAUUUAAAUGAUGCAACAGAUGAUAUAAACAAACUUGAAACUGAAUUGGAUGAAGCUCAAACUGCUUUUAGACAGUUAUUAUGUGAAACUACCAAAAGAUUAACAGAAAUAUUAAAUAAAGUAGGAAAUAGUUGUGUUGAGAAGGCAAGAUGCUAUUAUGAAGCACUUGAAGUAGCACGUGAAGCUCAGAUAAAAUGUCAACAGCAAGCUCAACUAUUUCAAAGAGCAAGUGAAAUUCAUGCAGCAGCGAAAGAAACUGUAACACUAGCUGAAAGUAGGUUUAUGUCACAUCAACAUGAAUGGAAUUUUGAUCAAGCUUGGCAAGAUAUGUUAAAUCACGCGACUCUUAAAGUUAUGGAUGCUGAAAAUCAAAAAGCAGAAUGUGGCAGAGAACAUUAUAGAAGGGCAGUGUUGUUUCAUGAUGCCGAAAAGCGACUGUUACAACUAGAAGAAAAACAUCGUCGUGCCAUAAUAAAAGCACGACCAUAUUUUGAAGUUAAAACUCAGUGUGAUCAAAUGUUAGCAACGCAAAAAGAACGAGUUGAAUAUUUGCAAAAAGCAAUACAAGAUGCAAAGACUAAUUAUGCCUCAAGUCUCCGUAGAUUAGAGGAAAUUAGUAAUCAAAUACAUCAACAGCGCCGAGAUUAUGAUUUUAUAGCUAACGGACCUCGAGAACCAGGUGUUGGUGCAGAAUUAGUUAGCCCACGAAAAACUUCAAAUUAUGAUAUUGAAUUUAAUCAACUAAAUGGCAAUAAAAUAAAAGAUAUUACGAGUAAUCAAUUGAAUAAAUUUAAUAGAAUACAAGAUUAUGAUAAUACUUGUCAAUUACAAGAAGAUACUGAACAUCUUGGAAAAAGAUCAGUUGAUGGAAGUGAAGCAACAUCUUCUCAAUGGGAGUUAGAACUAGAAGUUAAUACAGAAAAUAUAAAUAAUUUAUCUCUUGAGAAUUCUGUACAUGAUCAUGACAGUAAAACCGGAAGUAUAUCCAACUUACAUUUUUAUAAUGAGGAAAAUUCAAAAUCAAAUGCUUUCUUGUCAGAAUUAAGUUAUAAUUCGUUGCAAACUAGAGAUUAUUCCACACAAAAUUUAAAUCAAUCUAAAAAAAUGUCGAAAAAUUUUCAAAUUUCAAAAAAUCAAUUUAUAAAUAUGCCUUUAAUGACACAUGCUGAGGAAUCAAAUGCGGUAAAGAAUGAAAUUACUAAUUCAGCAAUGUUAAACGAAGAUAAAAUUAAUUUUAAGAAUAAUAUAUCGAAGUCAUUAAAUAAUAGUCCUACAAAAACAAAUGUAUUUAAUUUAAGAUCGGUAUUUGCUGAAAAGGGGCUUCGUAAAAGUAUAACAAAAUAUGUGCCAAAUAACGUCUUCAGUUUUGGUUUUAGUAAUAACAAAUCUCAAAGCAGUAACGAUAUUAAUUUAUCUUCGAACCUCGAUACCAAUACUAUAGAAAAAUAUCAAAGUUUGGAUGAUAUUAUAGGUGAUAAGACUGAUAAUCUCGAAUUUGAUAAGCAAGUCAUAAAUUUAAAAUAUAAUACACGAUCGUUUACAAUGAAAGAAACUUAUGAUAAUGGUCUAAAUGCUGCAAAAAACUUAUAUUCUGCACAAUUAAGUAAUUUUGAUAGAAUAAAUUUAGAAUCGAAACCAGAAAUAAUACCAGAAAAAAAUGGGUUUAAGUCUAAGUCUAUACAAUUCUUAUCUUUUAGUGCCAGUACAUCACCAGUAAAGGUAAAAAAGUUAACGAGUUUAUCAAAUGAAAACUUCUUGAAUCGAAAAUUAUUUGGUGAUUCUAAUAAAUCUUCUGUUGAAAAAUUUAUAGAAAACCAUUAAACAUUAAGGAAUUGCCAUUGUUAUCAUUAUUUGAAAAAGUUAAUUUACUGGCAGAUAGUAAAAAUAAAAGUUGUAGUAUGA